AUGGCCAGAUCUGAGCUGGCGGGAGCAGUCCCUGGCCCCACAAGUCAGGUUCCACUUUCCGGAAAACCCCCUGAGAAAUUGAAGAUUUCCUCGCAGAGGAAGGGGAUUCCAUCCACACCGGUCAUCGCUUUCCCCCGCACCCACCACGCGGCGCCGCCGAGCUCGACCAUGGCGUUGCCGUCCAUCCCCACCGCUCUCGGCCACCCGCACCCCCCCGCCGGUGGCCUCCUCCUCUUCCAAUCGCUCGGGGACCCAACUCCGCGCUCCGCGCUCCCAUUCAGGUCAGGAGAUGUUCCUGUGAGAAGGUGCCAAACAUGCCCUGGGCCUGUUUUGGCGGCAAGGAGUCCUGGUUUGGGCAACGUUGACAAUCUGAACGAGAGUUCAAGCUUGUCUAGGAGCUGGGAUUUCAGCAGUCAGAUUGAUGAUGACCGUGAUGUACUUAUAGAAUGUAAGGAUGUUCAUAAAUCAUUUGGAGAUAAACAUGUAUUGAGAGGCGUCAGCUUCAAGAUUAGACAUGGUGAAGCUGUUGGGAUAAUUGGACCUUCAGGAACUGGCAAGUCGACUAUUUUGAAAGUUAUGGCUGGGCUGCUAGCUCCAGACAAGGGUGAUGUUAUCAUUUGUGGAAGGAAAAGGCAUGGUUUAGUUAGCGAUGAAGAUAUAUCGGGUCUCCGCAUUGGUUUGGUGUUUCAAAGUGCAGCACUUUUUGAUUCUCUCACUGUUCGUGAAAAUGUUGGGUUCCUUUUAUAUGAAAAUUCCAGCUUACCUGAGGAUCGUAUUGGUAAAUUAGUGACAGAAACUUUGGCUGCAGUAGGACUAAAGGGUGUUGAAGAUCGUAUGCCAUCUGAGUUGUCUGGUGGCAUGAAAAAGCGUGUUGCUCUAGCUCGCUCAAUAAUAUUCGAUGAUACAAAGGAGGUAAUCGAGCCAGAGGUCCUUUUAUACGAUGAACCUACAGCUGGACUUGACCCGAUUGCAUCAACUGUCGUGGAAGACCUUAUACGCUCUGUGCAUAUGAUUGGACGGGAUGCACUUGGUAAGCCAGGAAAAAUAGCUUCUUAUGUGGUUGUCACUCAUCAACAUAGCACAAUAAGAAGAGCUGUUGAUAGGUUGUUGUUUCUCCAUGACGGGAAGGUAGUUUGGGAAGGAAUGACACAUGAGUUCACAACGUCAACAAAUCCAAUUGUUCAACAGUUUGCAUCUGGUAGCUUGGAUGGGCCCAUACAAUACUUCUAAGAUUCAUGUCGUAGUGAGUUGAACUUUAGGUAGUCUUGUACACCCUCUCUCGGAUUAGCCCAGCAGUAUCUGGGGCAUCAAGAAUCAGAAAUGCGCACACCAGCGGUGGUCGGGAGAUAUAAGCGCAUUCGGCUUGCCAUUGUUCCGUUGAGCUUGAUUGGCAUCUGCAGCAACAUAAGUCCGAGCCUCUAUUCGAGCAUAGCAGCAAUACCAACAUGUGAAAUAAGUGUUAAUCUCUACUUCAUUCUUGGGGAAACCUUAGAUCAAGAAGAAGAAAAAUAACAAUUUAUCUAGACCUCAUUUUUUACAGGUAAGCUGAUGUAAAUGUAAUUCUCACUUAUAGCAGCAUCGGUCCUGCACUAUUCUCA